UAAACUCUUAUGAGUGUAUUUAAACUGUACUUCUGCAUGAGCAUUCUUCAGUCUCGGUGCUGCUACACUGAAUGUGACUUUCAUCAUGUACCUGAUUCAAGGCAUCAUCCUGCUGCUGCUCAGCAUCAGUCUAGUUCAGAGUCAUUCCAUAAAGGCAUUGGCUGAUGUGACCUCUGAGGAGACUGAUAACAGCAUCGACCAGGAUUAUUUCUCUGUAUCUGCCAGAAUUGAAAGAGCCAACAAAAAUGCUGGAAAGCCAAAGGGUGAAUUCACCAUUACACAUGGUGACAUAGCCGAGUACACUGAGCUCCAGAAUGCAGAUCCAUGCACUUCUCGUAGGUGCAAAUGGCCCAGGGGCAGUGACGGAAAGGUUAAGGUGCCCUUCACCAUUUCCACGGAAUAUUCAUCCUCUGAAAUAAGUGUUAUCCAGCGUGGGCUGGCCUCCUUCCAAAAUUCAACUUGUAUCCAAUUCAUACCUCGCACCAAUGAAGAAGACUUCAUUAAUAUAAUCUCAGACUCUGGGUGCUACUCUUUCGUGGGUCGCAGGGGUAGAAGACAAGUUGUGUCCCUACAACGCAAUGGCUGCGUUUUCCAUGAGAUCAUCCAACAUGAGCUUCUCCAUGCUCUGGGCUUUCAUCAUGAGCAGACUCGUAGUGACCGUGACAAUCAUGUCAGAAUCCUCUUGGAAAAUGUUAUACCUGGACAAGAGUCCAAUUUUGACAUAGUCAACACCAACAAUUUGGACACUCCAUAUGACUACAAUUCUGUCAUGCACUAUUCAAGGUUUGCUUUCUCCAGGAACAGGCGGCCAACCAUCAUCCCUAUACCAGAUAAUAAUGUUCCCAUUGGACGUGCCACUGAGAUGAGCCCCAAUGACAUUCUACGUGUCAACAGGCUCUACUGCAGUUAAAUGAGUCAUUCCUAACAUCACCAGUGUAUUUCAAACACUUCUAAAAUGCUUUGAAAAAACUGUUUGCGAUAAGAUUGAAAAUACUCUACUCUUGAUGUAGUCUGCUACCCCCCCAUCCCCCCCCAACCCACCCACCCACCCACCCACCCCUUUAAAUUUCAGCAGCCAUCUCAGCACAAUUUGCUUAGAGUUUAUAGUAGCAUUUGAUGGAUUCUGCUUUUCUACUUUUCAAUUUUUACAUGCAGUGCUCACUUUGAGAUACAUCUCACAACAACAAUGAUGGAUACAAGCUGUUGUUUUUGUUUGGAUGAAAAUGCAUUUGGAAUCCCUUAGAAAUUAUGUCUCUCAAACAUCUAUGAAUAAAGAUAAUGUGGCUGGUGAGUGUGGUUUUGGUCCAAGUGCAUUUGACAGAACCAAGAGAAAUUUGUACAAUCCUUCUUAUUCAUUGAGAUGUUAGGUGCUUGAUUGAAGUCAUGGUAAGUUAGCAGUUGAAAAUGUAACUCUAAAGAGAAAUCCAGGAAGUAGCUGCGAUUUUUGCAAUGUAUCUGGCAUUUUUAUUUAUUUGGGUCUCCUUUCAAGCAAUGUUAGCUUCAUUCUAGCUAGGUGUUUAUUCACUUUUGAUGUAAUAUUUUCCCUAAUGCAGUUUUGUAUCACCUAUAUCUAACUAACAAUGUAAGGCAAUGACUUUAAUAAAUAAACAGCCUACUUCAUCA